UGCAUUUGUGAAUGAAUUGCGAAAAUAAUAGUCAAAACAAAAAAUAAUUAAUUAAUAGGUAUUUAAGUGUUAAUUAAUACACGGAUUAAUACAUACUUUUGUGGACAUCAUCUACACGUGUGUUAAACCAAUGACCACUACCUCCCUGUGCGCUAACAUGUCGGCGCCGGUCGCCAUAAUCGACAAACGAUACGAGUUGGACACCAAAGACAUCGUCCACUUCCUGUUGAUCCGGUUUGACACGACUUUCCUGCUAUGGGUGGGCCAAUCACCGGACACGGCCCGGCUCGCCGACCUGUCCCUGGCUAUAGGCGCCCACUCGACGCCCCUAUUGGCCGCCCACAGCGCCCACCAACUCAGUCCCGGCUUAGCCUCCAAGCUGUCCGUCAAAUACAAUAAGUGUCGACCCGUUUACGUGGCGUUCAAUCACCCGAUGGCCGACCGCACGGACAGCCGGUUCAUGAUUGCCGUCAACCGACAGAUCAUUGAG